GGUGGGCGGAUGAGUAAUGCAUCCAGGAAGCCUGGAGGCCUGUGGUUUCCGCACGGCCGCCACCCCCGCCCCUCGCGUGGACAUUUAUCCUCCGCCGCUCAGGCCCUGCCGCCAUCGCCGCCGACCCAGCGUCUAGAGAAGCUACACCAGAGAACCCACCAUGGCCUGCUUUGUGCCCCUGGCCUCUGGCAUCCUGUUGCUGCUGUGUCUGACAGCCCCCAGCAGAGCCUGUACCUGUGUCCCGCCCCACCCUCAGAUGGCCUUCUGCAACUCUGACCUCGUCAUCAGGGCCAAGUUCAUGGGGACAGCAGAAGUCAACGAGACCACCUUAUACCAGCGUUAUGAGAUCAAGAUGACCAAGAUGUUCAAAGGGUUCAACGCCUUGGGGGAUGCUGCUGACAUCCGGUUUGCCUAUACCCCAACCAUGGAGAGCGUCUGUGGAUACUUCCACCGGUCCCAGAACCGCAGUGAGGAGUUUCUCAUUGCUGGACAACUGUGGAACGGGCACCUGCACAUCACCACCUGCAGUUUCGUGGUUCCCUGGAGUAGUCUGAGCUCCGCUCAGCGCCGAGGCUUCACCAAGCUUUACUCUGCUGGUUGUGAGGAAUGCACAGUGUUUCCCUGCUCCUCCAUUCCCUGCAAACUGCAGAGUAACACUCACUGCUUAUGGACAGACCAGCUGCUCACAGGCUCUGACAAGGGCGUGCAGAGCCGCCACCUUGCCUGCCUGCCACGGAAGCCAGGGAUGUGCACCUGGCAGUCCCUGCGCCCCCGGACUGCCUGAGUCCUGCCUCCAGCAGAGGCCGGAACCUACACAGUAUUCACCCCCUUCCCCACUCCUGACUUUGUUUCUUCAAGAUGAUGAAAUAAA